UAUGGGCUACCUGCUGAUCCCGCUAGGUGUGCUCUCCGACCGCACCGUCCAAGUCCACAUCCGCAUCGGCGUCCGCGUCCCUUGGUGUCUACCGGUGUAACGCCUGAAGAACGCUGGGCGCGAGCUAGAGGGAAUGCGGGGACAAAGAGGGCGCGAGGUCGGGCUAGGCACAGCCAGGUUUUCAUCCUGGCAGGAUCAUCCUUGGCCUGGGGCUGCCCCAGUUGAGAGGGUUUCCUGCAGGGCAGCUGGGCUGUAGCAUUGGGUGGAUGAGAGCGGCCAAAACGUGGCUUCAAGUGGUCCUGAGCCCCAUUCAAGCCAGCCAAAAGAGCUUCAUCACUGGUCCAGCCCUAAUCCCAGGAUACUUUUCAGUUGAGGUGGAUUAUGUCGUGCUUGUUUUAAAUGGAAGAGAAGACACAAAGAUCUCUUUCGCCACACAGUGGUUACUCUAUACAAAAACUUUAAUAGACACUCGGAAACUCCAGCACGUUGCUGUUGUCUUACUUGGAAAUGAACAUUGCAACAACAAAUGGAUUAGUCCAUAUCUUAAAAAAAAUGGAGGCUUUGUGGAAAUACUUUUUGUAAUCUAUGAUAGCCCCUGGAUUAAUGGAGAAGAUAUUUUCCAGUGGCCCUUAGGGGUAGCCACGUAAGUCUAAAAUGUAAUCACAUUGUCUUUCAGAAUUGAAUACUUUAAUCUUUAUGCCAUUAAAACGAAGGUUAUGCAGUCAACUUUGUUUAAAGA